AUGAGCUCUCGCACUGGAAAGCACUUUAGGAAUGAGAAGGAUCUAAUAAUUCACGACAAAACUGGAAGGGUAAGCUAUUAUCUUGGUAUUGUGUUCGCUGGUUCGUUUCUUUUCGUUCCUUUUCGUGACUCCACGAGAUUCAUUCAAAAGUUGUAAGCUUAAGCUUGAAUACAAAUCCUUUGUCAAAGCUUGCCAUUCACUCGUAAAUGUAUUUUUUUAUUUGCAGAUUUUGAUAUCCUGGAAUCGCUUUGCAAGAUCUCUUAAAGAAGCUUUUGAACUAUAUUGGGAAACGAAACAGGUAUGGAGGCAGAGCGAGAGAGUGAAACUGUUUUUAUCAUUAGAUGAUUUUACGAUUGAACUCUGGAAGUUUAUCUGCCACAACUUUUCAGCCUUUUUAUUCUUAGUGACUACUUUAGUGUACGUUGUACGAAUAUAUGUUUGUUUCUUGCCUUCACAGGACAAGAUAUAGAUUUUUCAUGGUUUAGAUUUCAAUCGAAUUCAUUCGUUAGUAUCUUGUCGAUUGUGAAGUCCUUUGUAUUUGUCAACGAUGCGUAAAAUUUAUUCAGCUUUCUCUUGAAUAAUUGAUAACUUGUGGCUGUUAGUUUUCUCUAUCCUAAUAUUUCAGUCUCAAGCUCUAGUUGUAAUCUUAAAUAGCAGAGUUAGGAAAUUCAUCACGUUGUCGCUACAUAAGCUCAUAUAAUUUCGCAAUGUUGUGUUUUGCGCAACGCAUGGUUGCUUGCGGAAAACGGUAGGUGGCACAGAACUGGAGGCGAUUUUCAUUAACAAUGAAAUGAAAACAUGGACUUUGAUAUUUACCCACAGUUUUUUUUGUAAAAUAUUGUUUAGAGACAGUGAACUGCUAUUUGAAGUCGUUUACUUUCGAAUUUUGAAGAGAUCUCUAAUAAUAAAUUGGGUGAUGAAUGAAUCAACCUACAGCUAUUUUUAAACCAUUAUUCCUCACGUCUAUAUCACUGUUUGCACGACAAGAACUUUGAUUUUGGUUAAGAAAUUUUCCUGUUUAUUCUUUCCUUUUUAAAAUAAACUAAUCAUUCUUGUUUACUUACGCUUGUGGGCAUCCAUGAGAGCAUUUGGUGUAAAUCCUUUUUAUAGGGACAUAACAGGGUAUAAGUGAAGUUGGCCCACAUCCAGUCUGGGUUUGUUUUUCUUAGGAGAUCAGGUGUGCCGCCUGUCACAGUAUUAAUCACUGGACUGUCGCGAAGUAUUUUACGAAAUGUUCAAGUCUGAGUGAACUGUCUUAUACCCUGAUGCAGAAAGUUUUCUUAUCUAUCCUUUCUUAUAUCUCCAUAAAAAAUUGUGCAGACUUUUAUUGAAAUAAGAAUCAAAAUGUCUCUUGACAAUAACAUGUUUAACAGAAAAGAAAUGAACUUUUACAAGUCAUCUUGGUACCUUUUUAAUGCAGGGCAUCUACCGUAAUCACAUAGUUUUUAAACUCCUUUCCCAAAUAGACCUUCUUUUUAGUAUAUCUACAUAUAUCAGUUGCAUUUGUUUCUAUGCUAGCACUCAUGUUUCUUUCUAAUGCUUGUUGAUUGUUCUUUUCUAUUUGUGCUGAUGUGUCGAACUCUGACCCGUCAUGCCCCAAGAAUCAAAGUUAUAUGCAAAAUUCCUAGAAGAUACAUGUAGUUCAAUCUCUUCCUUUCCCAACAAUUUCUGCAGGCCACCUCACUACAAAUGUGAUGAGAGGAUUCUUUGGGUUAAAAAAAACUUAGCAUUGCAAUCUUUUAAAAUUUAAACAAUUAAGUACUAAUUAUCCUCCUCCCUUGUGGGAUUUUUCAGGGAAUAAAUGAAACAAAUGCAGCUGUACAUGUAAUUCUAAUGGAACAUAACAAAAUUAGGAAUCCUAACUGGUGAGAGGCUAUCCAGUUGGCCAUUUCACAAGUGUGGCCAAGGAUUUGAAAUUGGGACUGUGGAGAAUAAAUCCAGCUAGUGAGUGGUCAAGGCAUUUUAACUGCUUGGCCACGCUGUUUCCCACUGGUCAUUGCUUGUCAGCAAUUACUUAUUGCAUCUUUUUUCAUAGGCUGAGGUGACAUCUUGGUUUGAAGAACUACCAAGAAAGAUUAAAAAGAUUCCAUUUAAGGACACUGGAAUUGCUGCUAUCCCAUUCCUGUGUUAUCUGAUAGUCUAUUCAAAUUACUCUUUUUUUCGAACAAUUCUUGGACUUGGAAAAGUGACAAAACCGAACCAUACAUUUCUACCAUGGAUGGAAAUGUUAGUCUUCCAUUGUUUUCCUCACCAGAUGCUAGCAAAAUUUGCCCAUCCUGUACUUGACUGUAUUGCAGCCAUGCCUUAUCUGUUUCAUUUUGGUCUACCAUUCAUAUUUGCAUUCUUUAAAGUAGUGAGCAAUCGUAACAUUCGUGGAGUAUAUCCAUUUCUUUGGUGCGCUGGAUGGGUCAAUCUAGUUGCGACUGUCAUCCAGUUCCUGUUUCCUACAGCGCCUCCUUGGUAUGUGGACUCUGUGGUUUUCAGUCCAAGUGGAGAAGUUCUUAAAUCGGCAGCAAAUGAGGCUGGAUUUCAUGGACUUGAUGCGGUUCUUGGGUUUCCAUUUUUUCAUGGGAUUUAUGCUGCAUCGCCAUUACCGUUUGGAGCAUUUCCGUCACUCCAUGUGGCUUGGCCUGCUGUUAUAUUAGUUAGUGGGCCUUGGAUUAAUGAGAAAUUUGCCAUGUUUCAUGUUGUGUGGAUAACAUGGGCGGCACUUUAUUCAAAUCAUCAUUAUGGUGUCGAUGCAGUUGGUGGAAUAUUUUUGGUGUUCCUGGUGAACUUUAUGAUGCGCAAGGUUUGGUGUCCAUUUCCAUUAGAAAACGGCAAGAAACCAUCCUGUCAUAUCUGCAGAAGAAUAUCUCCACCUUUAUUACAAGUUUAG